CAAUGUAUUUAUAGAUGCGCACGGAACUGUUUCCAGUGUCCUGUCUGCCAAAACACCCUUUCUGUUGUAGCAUCGCAAGAAGCAUCUGCUCCAACCACAGUUCCUAUCACAAGCGCAACAGGACCCAUACCAGGUCCAUAUUUUUUAGCUUGUAAUGUUUGUCGUUGGAACUCUCAAGAGAUAAAUAUGACAUUCGAAAAACCUACCAGUCUCGCACUUCAGCUGCAAAAGAAUGAAGAAAUGUUGCCUGACGCUAAGGAAUUUGAUCAUUUGAAAGAGCAUUAUGAAAAGCAUUUGAGAGUGAAUGCGCCCCCUUCUUUACCCAGCAGUUUCUUAUCGUUUUCCAGUUCAUCAGCAUUUAGCAAAUACUUGGGGGCGGUAGUCAUUUUUCGCAUCAUCAUACAGGGGAAAGUGGACGAUAUCAGUGAUUAUGAACCAAGUACAAGAAUACAGGAUGAUGAAGAGAGAUUAGUUGAACAAUUAGCCAACCUUAGAGAUAUGAACGAUUUGUCAACAUUAAAUCAACGCUUCUCACAACUACAUAAUCAGCCGUACGAACUAUCAAAGAUAAACCCACAAAGAGUACACUUAGCUAUCAAGAGGUCCAAAAGAUGUCGCAAUUGUCGUCAUAUCUUAAUCAAGCCUGAACAGAAAGCGCAGGCAACACGAUUCAAGAUUAAAUUAGUGGCAAUGAAUUACAUACCCACAAUCACAAUAGUAAAAUUGCCUCGAAAGAAUUGGCCAUUAAGGGUUGGCAUACCUACCCAGUUAGUCUUGAAAUUCUCAAAUCCUUUGUAUGAAGAGAUGGAUAUUACAUUAGCUACGCCCCAACUGAAAAAGAAACUGCCCAAAAAUGAAGACAGCAAUAUCAAUACGAAUAUAAAACCAAUAGUCGAAGAGCCAGAGAUUAAAGGACGUGUAACAAUACUAUCGCCUCAUUUUACAGUGAACGCUUACAAUGAAACCAUUGAGUAUGACGAUGAAAUUUACCCCUCAAGUAAUAGAAGGAGCAAUAAUAACAAUAUAACAGCUUCAGCUUAUGCUGAUGGUGUUUAUGAAAAGAGAAAUAACUAUACAAGUAUAUUGAUUGAAGUUGUUCCUGAGCAAGCAGGUGAAUUCAAGUUCCCUCUACUCGUAACGUACAGUUAUAAGUCUGAUGAAGAUCGCAUGGACUUGUCGUCGGGGGACAUUGAUACAGAUGAAAUGAAUGUGGACAGUGUCGACGAUGAUUCAAGGAAAUCAUCUUUAAAUCGAUCCACUGAAAAUGAUAAAAUCAAAAGCUAUUCAUUUUGGUGUUUGAUUGGGCUUGGGUCGGUAGAAUAGAUUUGUGGUUUAUUCAUCGGUAUAUUUUGAUAAUUUUUAUCUACAAAUGUGUUUAGAAGUUGAUCCUAUCCAAGUAAAAGUUCGUAUAUGAUGACAACGAUAUUGAUGGCUAUCAAAGGUACUACCCAGUUAAAGAAUGUCAGUUUGUUUGAUAUCAGUAAAACAUUACCAAUUUUGUCAUACUUCUCAUAAGUGUUCUAACUGCCGAUAUCAAAUUGACAAUCUUGUGUUUAAUUGUUUGUCCUUGUUCCUGACCAAAGCCUGCAUCUGGUUGUGCUGUCCAACCGACUAAUAUAAAAGAUUAUAUGUU